GGUCACUGCACACUGUGCAAGAAUGGAUUUUGGGGAAGGAAUUGGCGAUUUACAAUGUCCUGAUCGGUGCCGAUGUUGUGAUGCUGUCUCUGGUAUUUGUAUGCAGGACAAGUGCUUAAAUAUAAUCAACCAGCAGAAUGUAUCAGAUAAUGCCACAUUGACGAUUGUUGAUAGUGUCCUGAUUGUUUGUUCAAUAUUCGUAGCAGUUGUCUUGGUUAUCGUAUUUAUUUUUUGUUUGAGAUGUCUCACAAAGCACAAGAAUACCGGAGAUAACACAGAGCCAAAGCAGCAGAAUACCGGAGAUAACACAGAGCCAAAGCAGCAGAAUACCGGAGAUAACACAGAGCCAAAGCAGCAGAAUACCGGAGAUAACACAGAGCCAAAGCAGCAGAAUACCGGAGAUAACACAGAGCCAAAGCAGCAGAAUACCGGAGAUGACACAGGGCCAUCCAGUGAUAAAGUGCCCGGUAAAAAAGAGACGAAAAUGUAAACAGAAUCAAUCACCGCCUGGUAACUUGGAACUAUUUUGCGCUUAUGCAACACAUAUGUAACACAGGUGGUUGAUAAACACUAUUGUAGAAAUAUACAAAGAUCUGCAAACUUAUUAACGCAAAUAUUAUGUAAAGUAAGUGUAGAAAACUAUUUUGAAAUUAGUUUUUAUUAAAUGAUUUUGAUUGAUUUAUGAAGCUUAUAACGUUAUGCGGCAGAAGCAAGAAAAAAUGCACCCAAAGCAUUGAAAAUAAUGUUUUAAAAUGAAGAACUUCUUGUUAUAUACGUAUAAUUUAAAUAUAUUUUUACUAUUGAAAACCAGCCGUAAUAUUAAUUUAUUGUUACGCCCAUUUUGUGAUUGAAAUGAGGAAGUCCUUCAGGAAUAUAAUUAUGAUAGCAGGAAGACGAUCAGGGUUGAAUCAAUUAUCUUUGCAUGGAUUUAUUUUAUUUUUUAUAAACAACUCGUUGUAAAGAUAUCAUUUAUAUUUUCGCGUUCAUUUAUUGCAAAAAGAUUUUAAUCGUUUUUCGUUUUUAAUUCAUAAUAUCGAUUCAUAGUCAAAUAGCUAGCAUAAUUAAUGGCUUUUACGAAAGUUAACAUUCCUAAGCGAGACCCGACACAUAAUCAUUUAAGUAUUUUAUUUAAAUAUAGAAAUAAGUUUUUUGCAUAUACAUAUAUUAGGAGGCAAUGCUAUAAAUGUGGUAAUUAAAAAUGAAUAAUUACUUAUUUUUCAGUUCCUAAACAUACAGAAAAAAGCUAUAUAUAUAUAUAUUUGUUUCCAUGCCAAAUUUUACCUGGCUAAUGUGUCGCCUUCAUUUCCUUAUCAUUUUGAAUAUCAGACAUUUAUUUUUAUCAAUAUUGUUUCAAGAAAUUAUUAGAUUUAUUUUAUUUUCCCUUCUAUGUUUCCUUUUUGUAUUAUUAUCUCUUGACGCUUUGAACUUGGUGCUUUGAGGCAACAAUCAUUUCCUUUGUUAUAAUAUUUAUACAGUAAAAACUCUAAAAACCGGACCAUCUCCGGACUUGAUCAAAAGUCCGGUUUUCAGUCUGAGGAUUCCGGUUUUCAGAGGUUUUAUACAUUUAUCGAUAAUUAUGAUGUGUUUGAACAAUGACUUUGUUCAAACAUUUUGUUUUUACUUCAUAACACUUUUGUCUCAGUCAUAUUUUAAUUUCUUUUAGCAAUAGAUGUCUUAAGUAAUUGUAUUAUGCAAAUCCAAUAAUAUAUUUAAAAAAAUAGUAAUUAAAACAACAUUUUAU